AUGGAGUGCAGAGAUGCAAAUUCCUCUGCCGCCGCGGCGGCUGUGCUUGGGUGGCCAUAUUCACAACUGUAUUAUGCAUCCUACGAUCCACUCAUCGGGCAAGUCGGAGGGUACCCGAACGACUUGACAGGUACACGGCGGAAGAAUGCGACGCGAGAAACUACGAGCACGCUGAAGGCCUGGCUCAAGGAGCACAAGAAGAACCCGUAUCCCACCAAGAGUGAAAAAAUCAUGUUGGCCAUCAUAAGCAAAAUGACGCUCACUCAGGUGUCAACUUGGUUCGCCAACGCACGCCGGCGCCUGAAGAAGGAGAACAAGAUGAUGUGGGAUCCAAACAAUCGACGCAGCGAUGACGUGGAGGUUGACGACAGUGACUCGGAUGACCAAACGCAGAGCAAACCCACGCCCACCAAAUGUCAUCAACGCGACUCAAUUGCUAACGAUACCAGCUCGACUACUGAAUUGAUUGAUGCCAUGCGACUGAUGUAUCUUUACGCAUUCGUUGCAUUAAACCUGGCAGAAACGAAGAGCUGA